CCGUCGUGCAGCGGGGCUGACGGUGUUGAUGAUGCUGAGGAGAGAGCAUCCUCCGCGGCAGGUCUCCGCGCAGGCAGGCCGUGAGUUGUGGUAGCUGCGAUGUCGGAAAGAGGAGCUUUGUUUUAAUUAUUAUUACAUCCAUGUGAUUUUAUUCCGGUGACGUCAAACCGCUCCCGGUGAUCUCAAGUUUCGGGCUGCCGGUGACACCCUGAGCUCAGCGAUGGUGGAUUUGACCGAGAGUGGUGCAGUGUCGCCCGGACACCUCAGGCACGGACAGGGCUCCGGCAAUAACGGGAAGAAAACGUCGAAAAAGUCGCGGACGAGAAGAGGCAAACGAGGCAGGAAAAGACGGAAUAAAAAGAACAACCGGAACAACAAAACACCACCACCGUAUUUCCCACCGGAGGCUGAAGAAGGAAACAUCGAGUACAAGCUAAAGCUGGUUAACCCCACUCAGUAUCGCUUUGAGCAUCUGGCCACGCAGCUGAAGUGGCGUCUGCAGGAGGGCCGCGGCGAGGCCGUGUACCAGAUCGGAGUGGAGGACAAUGGCCUGCUGGUUGGCCUGACCGAGGCCGACAUGAAGGCCUCGCUCAAGACCUUGAAGAGGAUGGCAGAGAAAGUCGGUGCCGACAUCACUCUCCUCCGAGAGAGGGAGGUGGACUACGACUCGGACAGAAACACUCGUAAAAUAGCAGAAGUCCUCGUCCGAAAAGUUCCCGAUGAUCAGCAGUUCCUGGACCUGCGGGUGGCGGUUCUGGGAAAUGUGGAUUCAGGGAAGUCCACCCUGCUGGGCGUCCUGACACAGGGCGAGCUGGACAAUGGGCGAGGCCGAGCGAGGCUCAACCUCUUCAGACAUCUGCACGAGAUCCAGACAGGACGCACCUCCAGCAUCAGCUUCGAGAUCCUCGGCUUCAACAGCAAAGGAGAGGUUGUGAACUACAGCGAGUCUCGGACAGCCGAGGAGAUCUGUGAGAGCUCCUCCAAGAUGAUCACCUUCAUCGAUCUGGCUGGACACCACAAGUACCUGAAGACCACCAUCUUCGGCCUCACCAGCUACUGCCCUGACUUUGCCAUGCUGGUGGUGAGCGCCAACACCGGCAUCGCCGGUACAACCCGAGAGCACCUGGGCCUUGCCAUGGCGCUGAAAGUUCCCAUCUUCAUCGUGGUCAGUAAAGUGGACCUGUGCUCCCGUGGCACCGUGGAGAGGACCGUCCGACAGCUGGAGCGAGUCCUGAAGCAGCCGGGCUGCAACAAGGUGCCCAUGGUGGUGUCCAACCCCGACGACGCUGUGACCGCCGCGCAGCAGUUCACACAGUCUGCAGGCAUCACGCCCAUCUUCACACUGUCCAGUGUGUCUGGAGAAAGUCUUGACCUUCUCAAGGUUUUCCUGAAUAUCCUCCCUCCACUGAGCAACAGCAAGGAGCAGGAGGAGCUGAUGCAGCAACUCACUGAGUUCCAGGUGGAUGAGAUCUACUCAGUUCCUGAUGUUGGGACUGUGGUGGGAGGAACUCUGUACAGUGGCGUGUGCAGGGAGGGCGAGAGGCUGGUGGUCGGUCCGACUGACGAGGGGCGCUUCCUGCGUCUGAAGGUGGGCAGCAUCCAGAGGAACCGCUCGGCCUGCAGGGUGCUGAGGGCCGGACAGGCCGCCACGCUGGCUCUGGGCAACUUUGACCGCUCGCUGCUGCGCAAGGGGAUGGUGAUGGUCAGUCCAAAGAUGAACCCGACCAUCUGCUGUCAGUUUGAAGCCGCCAUCGUCCUCCUCUUCCACGCGAAGACCUUCCGCCGGGGCUCACAGGUCACCGUGCACGUGGGCAACGUCAGGCAGACGGCCACCGUGGAGUGCCUUCAUGGGAAGGACGAGCUGCGUACGGGCGAGAGGGCCGUGGUUCGCUUCCGCUUCAUCAAACACCCCGAGUACCUGCGUCUGGGCGCCAAGCUGCUCUUCAGGGAGGGCGUCACCAAAGGCAUCGGCCACGUCACCCGCCUGCUGCCCCCCUCCCAGAAUCACGACCAGAACCAGAACCACGACCAGAACCUGCAGGAGCAUUAGAGACCCCCGUCUGACAGACGCCGAGCUCCAUGAAAAACGACGACCUGCCUGACGCCAUCGAUGCUCCUCUGAUCACGCCACGUGUCGGCGUAUUAAUCCGCCCGUCCUGGAUCUAUACUUCUGUCCUCAUCCGCUCCUGCUGUGCCGUCAGAGAGUCCAUCAUCAUCAUCUUCCUCCCAGCAGACAUUCGUGUCUUGAGUUAAAGCCAGCUGACCUCAGUGGACUUAAGCUUGGACGCUUAAUCUGAUGUUGGGCCACAGUUUGAUUUAAGAAGCUCCUUUUUUCUCCGAGCGGCUGUCGUGAGACGACAGCAGGAGGAAUGAGACGCUCGAUCUCUGCUGCACAGGAAGGACUGACCUGUCUCUGCACACGCUCACACUGAAUAUGAAACCUGAAGAGGGGGAUUAUUUCCACAACAGUCUGAGGCGUCUGCUCGCUGGUUUUGCAUAUUUCAGCCCAUAAACUUCAAAACAUGAGUGUUUUAUAUAUCGCUGUGGAGCUCGGUGGGCAUCAGGGGUCAUUUCCUGACAGUUUGUGUGGACGAACAAAUAACGCGUGCUCUUGGAGAUAUAAGAGGAGUCUGAAGUACAGUUAAAGGCGUUUUAAUACAGCGGUGAUGUCACAACUGUCGAUGAAUCUGUCGACUAUUUUCUGGAUUAAUAGAUUAAUUGCUCUGUCGUUAGAAAUAGUGUCGAUCAGUGUUUCCCAAAAGCUCAAGAUGACGUCCUCAAGUGUCUUGUUUCAUCGACAACCCAAAGAGAUUCAGUUGACUGUCACAGAGGAGGAAAGCAGCCAGAGAAUAUUCACAUCUAAGAAACUGGAAUCGGAGAAUUUUUUCAAUCGAUUUGAGCGCGCAAAAAACGCAGCAUGUGUACAGCCCCCGAGGGAAGCAGCACACACACGUUGGAGAAAUUUGAAUCCGAGAUUGAUUUGAGUUUUUGAUGGAUGAUUAAUUAGAUUAUAUUGAUUUUUGUCAGUUAUAUUCAGUUGAUCCACGGCUCGUCUCAGGAGCAGCUCUGACGGUGUGUUCACUGACAGUUUGGUUUGGAUUUUGGAGACACGUGUAGUUUAUUUAUUUUACUGGAAAACAGAUUGUGCAACAUCAUGCUCAACUGUGUGCGUUAAAUAAUUUAAGAUAAAAUUUUACUAAUUUGUGGACAAGUGCGUGGAGUCAAAACAAAGUCCCCAUUAUUAAAUUUCAGUUCCGCUUCAACUUUAGGGAAAUUUGAGGCGUGAAUUUGCGCCAGUGACCAAAAAAGAUCUGUCUCAACGGUGCACGAAACUGAGAUCCAGACUUGACAGUGAAGGAUGCUGUCACAUAAGCUGUUAGUCUUAUUAAACCCGCUCUGUGGCAGAAUAAACUGCUCCUAAAACUUAGUCCGUGGAGUGGAAACAAAGUCCUCAUUUUAAAUUUUUGCUUUGAGUUCAACUUUGCUGAAAUCUGACGGGAGACUUUGCACUAGCGACCGACAGAAAUCUCUGGACAGUGCAUGAAACUGAGAUCCAGACUCCACAGUGCCGUCAGUUUGAACCUGCUGGAGAAUAAACUGCUCCAAAAACAAGAAGAUGCAGCGUGGAGGUUGAGAUAUGUCCCUUUUUCAUUAGUAAAUUGAGAGCACAGAUGGCAUCUUUGUGCGCACAAGUUAAAACAAAAUGACUCCUGACACCCGCAGGGCUCCGAGCAGAAGCACCCAGGAGCAGCGCAGGGCUUUAAAGGCAAUUUUCGGAGCGACUAAACCGUCUAAUUACAAUUCCGGGUCCAUGACGUGACGCCCUGCAGCCCAAGAAAACUUCCCCACAGACUUGCAUUGUGAAAGAGACGCCUGUAAAUCAGUGGAUACUUUUAUUUGAGCGAAAUGACUCUCUUCACUUUCAGGAUUUGAUCCAUCCAACAUUUGGAAAGUUAAGAAGAGCCACACAAUUAAAUUAUUUUAUUAGUGGAGCGCUAAACCCGGAAGUUACCCACUCUGUCGGUGGAAGUCUCCAGUGAGUCCGAUGAUGUGGAAGAUUCGGAUAAUUUUACACCGGCAGAGUCGAUGUUUUUGGGCUUCAUGUGCCGCUGAGCAGCUUUUACAGGAGUGAACAGAACGAGAGAGUUCAGACUGAUGUGAUUGGACAGGAUUUGGGGAAGGAGUUAAAAAAACAUCAGCUCAUUCUAUUAUUCUCCCUUUUUUUGCACUUUAUUCACUUUUAAUCAUCAUGAUGAAUCCGCUCUGUCCGGUCAGCGGAUCAUUUACAGACUCAACAAAAACCAGCUGACUUUGUCGCCUGUUUUCACGUCAGCCUGGUGAUAAUUAGCAGCUCACAGUAAUAAUAAACCAUCUUUUUCGGAGGUUGAUGAAAUAUCAGAGGGAGCUUGUCAGGUAAACGAACAGUGUUUUGGGUUUUCUACUUCGCAGCCUUACCUUCAGUUUGAGAUUCAGCUUCUUUAACUCGAGUUGCAUUUGAGCUGCUGUACAUUUAAUAUCUUCAUUUACAGACGACUGACACUGAAAUAUUUGCAUCUUGGUUUCCAGUUUGUUGCGACAGUCGGUUUGAUGUGUCGGGCAGCUCAUCGCAGCUACACAUAACCUGCAUGCUCUUUGACUGGCAGAAAAUCUUCUCAUUUAAAGUUUGAAAUAAUAUAUCCAGUGUUCAUUUGAUUUUUUUCUGAGGUUCUGUGCAAUUGUAAACCUAAAUAUCGAAUGUACUUUCCAUGGAUCCUGUGUAGCGUUUGAAACUGCUUACUGUUCAAAUGGAGUUACUGUCGACUUUGCACUUUGUGUUCUGAUUCUGCAUGUGUGUCGAUGCCGGCGAGGAGAUCUGCAGACUCGGCAGAACGAUGAAGACGUGGAUGCCGAGCUGAGCGGUCGCAGUGCGAGACGACUGUCUGACACUGAAACACGACAGAGUGGAUUUAUCAGUUUGUUUUUCCUGACUGUCCCUCGAACUAAUAAAUAAAAUGUUGACUGAAAUAUAUUUCUUCUUUUUA